GUGGCCUGGGGGGCCCAUGAGACACAGUCCUCAGGUGCGGCCUCUCCUCUCAGUAUGACCCUGCGUGGGCUCCGUCCUCCUCAGCGUGGCCCAUGGUAGUCCCCCUCCUCACUCUGAGUUUCCCAUCCCAAAGUUCUUUUUUUUUUUUCCUGCUCACACCAGUGAUCUCCACACCUUAGGAGUCCUGUCCCAAAGUUCUAAGGAAGUUUCCAGAACUGUGUCUCACCAUACCAUCUUGAGUCAGCCUUGGCUCAGUGUCCAUCUCACAGGCCUGGAAGGGGCAGGAGUCAGCCUGUCUAGACCACAGAGCCUACGGUGUGGGGAGGGCUUCGGUCUUAGGAAGGUAUUGGCAGGUUGUUACCCUGAGGCAAGAGGGCUUUAGGGCAGAAAGACACAGCAGGUGACUGUGUGGGACUAGAAGCACAGGAUAGGCCUGGGACAGGAUUGGCCCACAAGGGCUGACCCUCCCUGCCAGCCAGGAGGCCUUGGACAGGCUCCCUGGCAGGAUGGCCCUUCUGCAUGGAUCCCCUGUGACUCACUGAGGCUGGCAGGCAUCAGGUUUCCUGAAGGAGAAAAAGCUUGGUGGGGCCCAGUGUGGCUGGGAUUCACUUGGACUCUAUUUUAAAGGCAAAGGUAGCUGGGAACGGCUUCUGCAGAGGAGGGUGCAGCAGGGGUUGCCAGGAACAGCCUGGCUCGGGGAAGGAAACAGAUAAGGUGGGUGGGGGAGUCGGCCUUGAGCCGACUGGCUCAAGCAUGACAUGGGGGUCCGCAGAGCCUGCUGGGACCUGCUGAGCAUGCAGGGCCCUGGAGAAAGUGGGGCAAUGCAGCAGGGGGGCACACCCACAGCUGGAACCGACCCAGAUGGACAACUUGGGCUCUGCCAGAUGGGGCUAGGCAAGGAAGGGGCAGGAAGUGGUGAGGCGGUCCCCAGCUGGCUGCUGUCCCCUGCUCAGGCUUUGGUUUCCUCCCUGCCGGCCUGGCCUGGCUCCCUGUGGUAUGGUCAUGCCCCACGCACCCCCUCCACUGAGACGGGGCGGGGAGAUACCCAGGCUGCUCUUCCUCUUCUGAGUCGAUCUCUGAGCAGCAGUCGGGGCUAAGCGCUCCCCAGCUCGCCUUUAUAUACAGCCUGUGCCACUGCAGCCACCAGCACCAUGAAAGACGAGGUGGCUCUUCUGGCCACCGUCACCCUCCUGGGAGUCCUGUUGCAAGCCUAUUUCUCUCUACAGGUGAUCUCGGCGCGGAGGGCCUUCCGUGUGUCGCCGCCGCUCACCACCGGCCCACCCGAGUUCGAGCGCGUCUACCGAGCACAGGUGAAUUGCAGCGAGUACUUCCCGCUGUUCCUCGCCACGCUUUGGGUCGCCGGCAUCUUUUUUCACGAAGGGGCGGCGGCCCUGUGCGGCCUGAUCUACCUGUUCGCGCGCCUCCGCUACUUCCAGGGCUAUGCGCGCUCCGCGCAGCUCAGGCUGGCCCCGCUGUACGCGAGCGCGCGCGCCCUCUGGUUGCUGGUGGCGCUGGCUGCGCUCGGCUUGCUCUCCCACUUCCUCCCGGCGGCGCUCUGCGCCGCGCUCCUCGAACGGCUCCGGACGCUGCUGCCGUGGGCCUGAGACCAAGGCCGCCGGAGCCGGGAAAGAAGAGCCGGAGCCUCCAGCUACCCCGGGGAGGAGCGCUUGCCUCCGCUUCCUAGCCUCUCAUUAAAGUUCUCGUGACCCAGCCA